AUGUCUAUUGAUCAGCUCAGGGAAUCGUUUGUACAUGAAUCCGUUCAACUUUAUUUGGAAGACACUUCUGUUCUCUCGAAACCAAAAAGACAAGAAGUAAAAAUCAAUUACACUGUCCAUCUCCAAUCUUGUACCAGUGCCAGUUUUUCUGGUGGCAAUAAUCAGAAUUCUGCAACACUCACUGCUCAUAAGAAGCUCUGCUCUGGAUCUGAUACAGCUAAAGGUAAAGUUGGCAAAGGUAUUGGCAUAUCUACUACAUGGUUUGGUAAAUAUAAAGCUAAAAGGACAGCUAAGGCUAAGAAAGUAUAUACAGAUAUAAAAAGUGGACUAACUAGGACUGCUGUAACAUACUACAACAAUGGCCCAGACUGUGAAGCUGACGAGUAUGCCUAUGUAUGGUCAAAUAUUAAAGAUACUGUCUAUCUUUGUAACCUGUACUACAAUCUUCAAACGUCUUGCAGUAAGACUGCUGAAAGCAAGGAGGGUACUCUGCUUCACGAAUGGUCCCACAGUUUUGGUGAUACUGAAGAUUAUGAGUACGGCCGUACUGAUUGCAAGGAUUUGGCUAAAAAAAGGCCCGGUAGAGCAGUCAAAAAUGCUGAUAGCUUUGCAUAUCACUAUUGUGAUGCUCAGUAA